CUGAAAAAUGCAGAUAGUCUGUGUUUGAUCAUCACAGUAAUGAAAACUACCUAUUCUUCAGAUUGAUCUCCCUGAAUACAUUAUUGCUCUAACUUAGUGGGGGCUUGGUUUUUUUAUUUGUUUGGGGUUUUACAUUUGAUCUUCUUUGUUUUCACAUAGGGAGACAAUUUUAAGCAAGAACCCUGGAUACCUGUUAAUAAAAGCAAAGCAGAAGAAAAAGAGAAAAAGAAACAAAACAAUGAAAAGUAAUCGUACAGAAAUUACAAAGAAAAUGUUAUGUGGAGUAGCUCAUCAUCCAGUUCCAGGUGACCAUGAUGGAUCAGAAAGUGAAGAGGAUGACUUGGAAGAAGAAAACAAAAAAUCAGUGUAUACAUUCAGCAAAGGCCUGGAGGAUCCAGCAACAGUUUGUGAAGAGCAGCCAAAGUGUAGUGAUGAAAGCCUAAAAGAAGCUGCAGGGGUUUCAAGAGAGAGUUUUCUGGUCACUGUGCCUGAUGUCUCAGUAAUGUCAAAUAGUGCAUGGAAAAAUGAAUUGCCUAUAGAAGAUGAUAGUUUGCUUUUAAGAGAUGUAAAACCUUUUUGUACUGAAAACCUAACCAAAAAUGCAUUAGAUGACAAGGAAGCAAAGCAAAGGCACAAAGAGAGUUUCCUAACAAUAAGCAAUGAUAAAAAUUCCACCCAGGAAACUGAAGGCUUUUCUGAAGACUAUGAUAUGUCAUUGUUAAGCACAGAAAAAAAACUGGGAUCAUGCCAACUUACAUGUGAACCUGACUUGGAAGCCAAGGGGGUAAGUUUAAACAGUGAAGAAAAAGAAAUCUCUCAGUGUUGCAGUUCAAAUGUACUUGAUAAUGUGCCUGAUAACACAGAGGGCAAAUGUCUAUUAAAAGCAGAAGAAACUAGCUCCAAUGCCUGGGCUUUUUUUUCAAUUAAUUUAUCUACUGAGGAGUUGCAGAUGGGCUUCAAUACUCAAGUUUCUCUCUCUCCUUGCUCUGAGGAUAAAUGUGUAAGUGAACAAAGAUCUCAAAAAGUGAGGAAACCUGAACAGACUCACACAAACAGUUCAACAGAACUAAACUGCUAUCAGUCAAAUGAGCAAUUGGUAAAGGAAAACCAUAAUGAAACAGAAACUGAGGAAGUUGGCAAUGUAAUAAGCAAUGGUCUCUCUGCAUCUCCAACUGCUAAAGUGCACUUUGAUUCCGUAGUGGAAGCCAGGGCUGCCUUCAUGCAGAGUUCAAGUGAAGUAAAUGUGCCAAUAAAUGAUGCUACACCAAUUACACUGAAGAGGAAGAGAUACAGGAGAAUUGUCAAUUUAGCACCAAAGUUUAACCUACCAAGACAGAUCUUUGCUCAUACAGAGGAAGGGAAGGACAUCUCAGUGAGAGAGGAUAUUCCCCAAAAUAGUGGUUUAGAAGUGAGGCAAAAAUACUUUCUAAGCAAGAACUGUGGAGAAGCACAUGAACAGGACCAUGCAUUGCAGGAAUAUUCCUCACCCACUCAGGAUGCAGAUGCUCUGUUAUAUAAUAUUUCUUACAUUCAUUCAGGACAAUGUUCUCCUAUAUCAAAAUACGCCUGCAGGGUUUGUGUAGAUUCCAAAGCAAAGGAGGAGCAAGCUACACCCCUUCAGCCACAACAGGUUGUUAAUAAAAAAGAGGACGAGGGUGAACAUGUUUCUUCAGAGGUUACAAGUGACCAACCAGAUAAUUUGUCUUCUGGUAAAGUUGUUUCUGAAUAUCUAGAAGAUUCUACUACAAUGGCAAGCUGCAGUGAAGAUGCAAAUGGAGCAGAUGACUCUGAGCCAGCAAAGGCAUCACAGCUUGAAGAUUAUCAAGAUGCAGAUGUGAAAUGCAGUUUUCUGGGACUUCCCUUAUCAUUAGGAUUUGCUUUUCAACUUGUGCAGCUCUUUGGUUCUCCAGGUCUUCCACUGGAAUCCUUGUUGCCAGAUGAUUAUAUAGUUCCCCUUGACUGGAAAGUUUCAAAGAUGAUCUAUUUACUGUGGAAGACCUCUGUGGAGGAAAAACAGAAACCAAAUGGAUUGCAGAAUGAAGAUGGCUUGACUGAUGAUAUUAUUAAUCUUGAAGAUCUAAAUAAAAAUCCCCAAGAGAAUCAAGACUCUUCUGAAACACUAUCAGACAUGGAGCUGUGUCAAGAUGUGAUAGAGGAGAACAGCAUAACCUGCACUGGCUGUCUGGAUGCUGCAUUUCAUCAGUCAUGAGUGACCGUCUUAAAUUCUGCAUGAACAAACAGAAACUUCUCGCUUUAAUUCCAUCAUGGAAGGACUUCAGUUGGCCACCAAGGAUUUUAAACGUGAGGGAUAACCUGGAAGAGAGAAACCACUACAGCUGAAACGUGACAACCCCGGUGCUGUAGUCCUUAGUACUGAUGACUUCUUUAUUGAAAAUGGUGUCUACAUCUUUGAGCCUGACUUCCUAGAGGAUGCACACAAGUGGAACCAGAAAAGAGCACGCAAAGCAAUGAAGAAUGGGAAAA